AUGCACUCCAAUAUUAGGUUGAUUAUGGGAUUUAUGUUUAUGUACUCUUUGCUGGUAGGAUAUCUUCGAUCGGCAUGUUGGAAAGAUCCAACAUCUGUAUUCUUCCAAAAUGGACGAGCACAUGCUGCUCCAUAUUCAACGCAUCGAAUUCAACAAGCCAUACAAUAUGCCGAUCUGGCAGGAACGAUUAAACGAGCAAAAAGCAAUAGGACGACGACAUCGCCUGAAUUGUGCAUAGGCAUCCCUUCGGUACGAAGAGACGGGAUAUCGUACCUCAAGUCUACAUUGGGCUCUCUACAACACGGGUUAAGUGCAAAGGAACGAGAAAGUAUCCACUUCGUCGUGUUUCUUGCCCAUAUCGACCAGAAAAGCCAUCCAGAUUACGACCAGUCAUGGCUUAUUGCCAUGGCUGAUAGGCUUCCUUCGUAUAGUGACGAUUCGGAAAGGUUCACUCUUGCUGAAUUUAUGGAGCGGGAUAAAACUCAUGGAACUAAGUCAAAGUUCGACUAUUCGAUCGCUAUGGAAGAGUGUAUGAGGACAGGGGCACCCUAUAUCUUGCUUGUUGAGGAUGAUGUGGUGUUUUUGGACGGAUGGAGACACAGGACGAUGCAGGCAUUAGAUCAGGCAUCCACUAAGUCUUGGAAAAUGGGACAUAUAGACUUCCUAUACUUACGGCUCUUUUACUACGAAGGUCUUCUUGGAUGGAACGCAGAGUCUUGGCCGAUAUACCUAGGCUGGUCUGUAGUUAUUGUGACUGCUGUCCUGAGCCUCUUCAUCCUACCACGGUGUUAUAUUCCUGCAACGCGCCUGUACCUAACAUAUUACGUAUUCCUUCUCAUCUUGUUAGUUUUCACACCCCUACUCCUGGUCCUCUUUUUCGCUGCGGGCGGCAACUGCGUACUACCGCAGCCGCCCGGGGUGCAUCUAAUGCCUAAACACGUGUGCUGCGGUCAGGGGCUUGUUUUCCCUGCUGCAACGGUGUCGAAUGAAUUGUUACCCCUUUUCCGUAAUAAUAGGUGGUCAGAGGUACCUACAGAUAGUUUUAUAGAAGACUACGCUGAUGAAACCGGGAUGUUACGUUGGGCGCUGACACCGGUUGUAAUGCAGCACGUCGGCGGCCGGAGCAGCCACGGGGUUUUUAGGGGGUACGGCAAGAUGACGCCGAGCCGCAUCUGGAACUUCGGCUUUGAAUGGAAUGAUGCGGAUAGUUUAGUGGAGGAGCAUUUACGAGUUAACGAUAAGAUGGUAUGAUUACGGUAGGAAUAUCGAC